UACAUGAAAUAAAAAAAAUCAUUCAUUCAUAUAUUCAGUCGAAAAUGCAUGUUUUCUGCUAAGGAUAAUGUUAACACAGUAGCUAUUAAUUUGCAAGAAUGUAAACUAGGUCUUCACCUAUUUGUCACUGGCGCCAUAACUCUGAAUGACCCGUUACACACAAUUUGAGCCUCAAUUGUUUUCCGACUUAACCAAUUUGAAAGUAGACCUUAACUGUGUCAACUAGACCUGUGUACAUUCUUUCAGUCGUGGCCAGAUAUUGCAGUGCUACACAUCAUUAACAUUGUGUUUUAAAUUUUUUAGACUUGGAUAUGAAACAAAGCUUAUCUUAGAAAUAUUCAACAAAAUCAAAGAUGGUAUUAAGAAAUAUUAUGUUAUUAGUAGUUAUUCCAUUGGCUGUUUUGGCUGAGGUAGAAUCACUUAAUAAUUCAAUAUCAGAAGAAAUUAAUGGAAGUGAAAGUAAAAUAUUAUCAAGAAAGAAAAGAUACCUGAUAUUUCCAGACGGCAGCUCUCUUCAACUUGUAUUCUGCACCCAAAACCACGGCUAUCUCCAGCUCGGAGACAUCGUGUGGAUCGGCAACACGGCUGCCCUAGCGUGGACAUUACCCACCGACCCUUCCAUAUUUGGCUACUUCAGGAACCAGCUGAGAGAACCGUAUAACAUACGAAGACAAGAUACUAACGUCAACAAACACAUAUACUAUUUAGACGAAGACGGUAAAUUAGUAGCAAAAGUACCAUAUAAAAGAAAACCUAUAAUAAAUCCGGCGUUUGCAAAACGAAGUAUUCAAAAUAACGAGGAUGAAAAUAUUAGCAUAAAGAAGCAAGUUUUCAUAAAGAAAAUGCAUGAAUUGCAGAAGUCCAGGAGCUAUCUCCAGAAGUUAGACGGGGCGAGUGCAAAUUUCCAUAGAAGCGGCAGGCACAGUCUGUAUAAAAAGUUGGAGACGCUGUUCGAGGCGUUCGGGUAUUCUGGCCGUGAAUGCGUGUUCAGAUUAUUAUGCGACGUCGGUAAAACGACGGCCCACGAGGAACAAGGGACCUUCCUUCAAGAAUUAUUCAGGGCAACGUUCACGUUACCAAAAGGAGCAGCACUAGAAGACAUAUUGGAAUAUGACAAAGCACAUAACACGCAUGAAGAUUGUGCGGAAUUGUACUCAGAAUGUGAGGAUUUAAGCAUAACAACAUGAAGUUAUGUGGUUAUUUAUUAUUAAUUAAAUUUGUAAUUAUUUAUUGUAGAUAAUAAAAUAUGUUGUAAAUAUAGUAUUGAAAUAAUUCUACGGAUUACACUCACGUAUUUUUUCUCUCUCUUCACAGUCUAAAUUCGAAAUAUAGUAUUUUUUUUUUUACAAUUUAUGUAUGUUUUUAUGGUACUAAUUUAUAGUAAGAUGCAUUAAGGUCAUUGUGGAGAAGACCGACUAUAAGGUAAGAUCGUCUACAAGCUUUAUCGUCGCUUCUAGCUUUUGCACACAUAUUUCACUUACAGGAGGUAGGUAGAUCAUAAACAGUGAAAUUAUUCCUUUCUGACUGUGUUUGGGUACAAAUAAGAGUACAACAUUUUUUACCUUUUACAGUUAUCCCAACGAAAUAAUGAACUGACCCAUAUUGACCUUAGGAACAGAUCAUAUUAGAAUAGCAGCAUUAGUAAUAUUGUGGAAUACAACAAAGAAAUGAAGAUCAUAAACAGAAAAAUAUUU